AUGUUCUUUAUUAUUUUCCAGAAAUGUAACCCUGUAAAAGAGGGCAUGUUAAAUAUACAUAUUAUUCCACACUCUCAUGAUGAUGUGGGAUGGUUGAAGACAAUGGAUCAGUAUUAUUCUGGACAAGGUCAAUCUUACUAUCAUGGAGGAGAAUGUGUUCAAUGUAUUUUAAAUACGGUAAUACCAUCAUUGUUAAAAAAUCCAACACGAAGAUUCAUCUAUGUUGAAAUGUCGUUUUUCUCAAAAUGGUAUUAUGCUCAAAACAAGCAGAUGAAAGAGGAUGUCAAGAAACUCAUAAGAGAACGUAGAUUAGAGUUUAUAGUUGGAGGAUGGUGUAUGAGUGAUGCUGCUACUACAUAUUAUAAUGAUAUCAUAGAUCAACAUACUAUUGGCUUUGAUUUUAUUCUUAAAGAAUUUGGCAAAUGUGCUAUGCCUAGAGUUGGCUGGCAUAUUGAUCAGUUUGGACAUUCUAGAGAACAUUCUUCAAUAUUUGCUCAGAUGGGAUUCGAUGCGCUGUUUUUGGGAAGAAUUGAUGAUCAAGAUCACGAGUAUAGAAUUAAGAAUCAUAACAUGGAAACCGUUUGGAGAGCCAGCCCUAAAAAUUUAGGUGAUGUGGCAUCAUUGUUUACCAGUGUGUUGUAUGAUUUUUAUUUUGCCCCAAGUGGCAUGUAUUUAGAAGGCUUCCCUCCAUCCUACCUACAGCCUGAAUUGUCAUGCGAUUUUGAUUUUUUCUUUCUUCAUUUUCAGUCGCAAGGAUUUAAAACACAACAUGUACUCAUACCAUUUGGGGGAGAUUUUGCUUUUAGAAAUGCUGAAAAUUAUAUAGGAUCAUUAGAAAAGAUCAUUGAAACAGUAAAUAAUAUGCAAGCGUCAGGAAGCAAAGUGCAUGCUCUAUUUUCUACGCCAACAUGUUAUGUGAACUAUGUGAAUCAAGCUGGUACCAAGUUCCAAGCUAAAGAAGAUGAUUUCUUCCCUUAUUCUAUAAUACCUGCUUCACAUUGGACAGGAUACUUCGUCAGCCGAGCAGGAUUAAAAUUACACGUGAAACAUGCUAGCAGUUUCUUACAGGUAAGGAAAACCAUUGAGAUCAGUUACACUGUACCCAUACGUCUUAUAUGGUUUUUUAACAUUUGGGAGGCAGUGGCUGUUUUACAACAUCAUGACGCCAUAACUGGAACAGAAAAACAACAUGUUACCGAUGAUUAUAAUCUUAUGUUAAGUCGGGGUGAAACAGCUUGCCAGGUACCCUAUGGAAGAUUAAUGGCUCUUGGAGGAUCACCAAUGCAGCUUCCCCAACAACAAUACUGUCCUGGUUUAAAUAUGUCUGUUUGUGACUUUACUGAGAACAUGGACAAGGGAGUUAUUACUUUGUUCAACCCGCUGGCUCAACAAAUCAACUAUUGGGUUCGUCUACCUAUUAAAACAGACUCUGUAGGUGUUACUUGUCCUGAAGGCAACAAGAUACAGACACAGGUGGUACCGCUAUCAUCAGUUACAACAACUAUUCCAGAAAGAGGAAAUUCACAAGCCAAGAAUGAACUAGUUUUUAAAGCUAUAGUACCUCCUGUUGGAUUUGCUAGUUAUUAUAUGGAAGCGUCAUCCGGUAGGUGUAAAUACAUAAGGCUCCAGGGUUCAGUCAAGGCCGCUUUAAUUGAUACCUUCCAUAUGUCCUUCACCAUCGACAAACUAACUGGAAAGCUUUCAACCGUCUCUAACGAUGAAUUCAACAUCCAUGCCAAGGUUGAUCAAGAAUAUCUCUACUAUAUUGGUGAUGUAGGACAGCCGAGAAAUCCUAGUGUCCAUACUUUAUAUGGAAACCAUCGAAGAGCUUCUGGUGCUUACACUUUUGUACCAAAACUGAACACCCCACCAGAACCGGUCCGAGGCAAAUCUUCUGUGAAGUACACUGUUACAAAGGGUAAAAAUGUUCAAGAAGUCCAUCAACAAUAUAACCCAUGGACAUCUCAAGUAAUACGACUGUAUGAUGAUGCUAAAUACCUGGAAAUUGAAUGGACUGUUGGACCUAUUGACGUCGACGAUCGACAAGGUAGAGAAAUUGUGUCUCAUUUUGCUACAGAUCUCAAUACUAAAAGUUUAUUUUAUACUGAUUCUAAUGGUCGUGAAAUGUUAGAGAGAAAGCGUAAUUAUCGUGCCACCUGGCCACUUAAUGUUACAGAUAAAGUUUCAGGAAAUUAUUAUCCGAUAACCAAUAAAAUAUUUAUUAGGGAUGCAGAGAAGAAUAUACAAUUGACUGUAAUCAAUGAUAGAUCUCAGGGAGGAGGAAGUAUUCAAGAUGGUGCUUUUGAAAUUAUGGUACAUCGUCGAUUGCUACAUGAUGAUGAUUUAGGCGUAGUAGAACCUCUGAAUGAAAAGGGUAUUGAUGGUAAAGGACUCAUCUACAGAGGUAAAUAUUCCGUAAAACUCCCUUCUAUUUUUACACUGGAGCCUCCUGUUUUUUCUUCAGGAAAGCACUAUUUAUUACUAGAAAAGAUAGGUGAUGUUAAUAAUAACUAUAGAUCUAUGGGACUGCAGUGGUCAGGUUUAAGAGAAAGUUUACCGUCCAAUGUCCAUCUGUUGACGUUAGAUCAAGUCUACAAUGGUGGUAAUGUUAAGUUAUUAAUACGUCUGGAAAACUUUUAUGAAGUUGAUGAAAAUAAUUUAUCUAAUAAAAAAGCAGAAGUCAGUUUACAGCGUUUAUUUGUGCCUUUUGAUAUCAAAGAAGUACAUGAAGUUAGUCUGGGUGCCAGUUUUAGAAUCUCAGAUAUAAAGAGAUUACAAUGGACCACAGAAGAUGGUCGAGUUACUCCGUCCGAGAUAGGUAAGUACGAAACUAUACUCAGAUAA